AUGGCUCCGCCAUUAGACAACAUCGUCGUAAGGCAAAUUGCAUCUCUGUCAAUACUUUUCGUACUCGCGACUGGGAUUUUCGGCCUUCGAUUAUUCACUCGGAUUGUACAUACUAUGACCUACCGACUAUUGCUAGAUGACUAUUGCAUCAUUGUUGCAUGGGUGAGCAUUUCAAGCUCCUAUCAUGCGUCUUCUACUAAUCUCAAAGCCAAGAUACUGUUCGCUACCCAGCUAUUCCUUCGAGUCGCGGUGCUUAAUGCCACAUCUCUAGUGCCUAUCGUUCUGUUGGUUAAAAAGAAUGCGGACAUGAGCCAUGUAGCUGGAGUCAUGGCAAAUAUGGCAUGGUCGCUUGCCAAGACAUCUUUCAUCUUCACUCUUUUGCAGCUCGUCACCGGAAAAUUGCGAUGGCUAUUGUGGUUCAUCAUGGUGACCAUGAACGUUACCGUGGCGACAUGGGUACCCUUAUUCGAAAAUCCAUGUGGUCCUCGUUCUCAUUUGCCGUGCAUGACAGGUAGACAGGCACUCAACUUUGCUGUCUUUGCUUCCGGUAUGCUUGACUUAUUCAGUCUUUUUGGACUUCCUCCUAUCGUUACUGCCAUGGAAGAUCAUAUGGCCGCUGCACCUCAGCACAAAGGACAGAAUUGGUAUAUGUGUGGCCAUGAGCAUGGGAUUCGGAUAUUUCAUCUUUUCAGCUUCAACCCGUUGGAUAAUAAUAAAUUAGGGGGUCUUUUUAUAUGGGAAAGUGCUGAGAUCGCAGCGACUAUCAUUGCCGCGUCAAUCCCCGUGCUGCGGAAGCUCUCUCUCAGCCGCAGGAGACACAAUAUCGCGCCUAACAUGCGGGAAAAUCAAGAAGAAGCGAUGAGGUCAAGCUUCAGACGGCAGCUACGCAUGGUCGGUCUCGUAAGCCAAGUUACAGAAAACACCAACACGACUCAAGCUGCUCCAUCAACAAUCCUUGGGUCAACUCAAGAGGAAGCGAACGUGGUUUGA